CCUUCUCUCUCCCCCUCUCUCUAGCGGUUACAGUUUCAAUCACUAACGGCUGCUUAACGGCAGGGUGAAGAUCACGAGAUUGCCGUUACUAUUUGCUGACGUGGCAUCUGUUCAAUAUAAGUGAGAGAGUCAUGAGCACCAAAACGAUGCGUCUCCCGCCCCGUCGGGUUUUAACGGCGGAACAGCCCCGCAGAAACGGAGAACAACCUGCAACGCCGCGGGUCAGGAAUCGCACUUCGGCUCAGACCGGUUUCCCGAGAGCCGUCGCCCCUACCACCGUCGACGCCGCCGAAUUGACUCGGUCAAAUCAGAUCUUAGCGGGAUAUCUCGCGUACGAGUUCCUAACGAGUAGCACCCUGUUCGGCGAGCCCUGGAAACCACGGGCUCCAGCCGCCGGAGCCGUAACCGGCGAGUCGAGGAAAAGGGAUCGAGCCGCCGAGCCGAAGACGUCGCCGCCGGUGGAGGAGAAGCGGCGGAGAUAUGCGGAGGUUUGUCAUUUGCUGAAGGCCGGCGGUACCCACUUGGCCGGUGUUGUUAACCCGUCGCAGCUCGCCGGGAUCUUGAAGUUGAGAUGAUGUGUUUUACGCCGUACAUGUGGCGUUGAUUGAUUCGCCAACAUGCGCAUGGUUUUGUACACGUGGCAGUAGUACAUUCGCGUGGAGAGGCCGUGCGAUUAAGAUGCGUUGAUGGCCGUACAUGUGGCAGUAGCUCAUUGGUCGUCACACAUGAGCCCCCCGUUUUCCAUUUUGGUAACUUUUUCUUGUUGAAUCUUACUGUACAUGCAAUUUUUGACGGUUAAUUGGAUAGAAAUUGUCUAUAUUCCAUCGUCUAAAAAGUUAUCUAUUGUUUAUUCAAUUUACCAUAUUAAAUUUCAA